UUGUGUUAGAACUGUGCAAUAUACUCUACCGCUGCCCUUAAGGAACGCUGUUGCGUAUCUUGAGCAAAACAUCCCCUAAGCCGAGUUGUUGAGAGACUGCUACACUGUGAGGUGCAAGAAAAGUUCAGCGAUGAAUUCAACAAGAAGAAUAACACGCACCCCAACACUUCGGCAAUGCUGUCAUCGCCCGUAGAGGUUGUCGCUCCUACCAUCGCUUGUGAAACAUACAAAAGCGAAUUCCCCACCGAAACACAGUUGCGGCAACUUCCCCGCCGUAAAACUUGUAGAGGUAAUAUGAACCUCGCCACUAAUCCUUGUGAAGUAUGCGGCCGGGAGCUCUCUACUUAUCCCUAUCUCCGCCUACAGCAGACUCGCGCUCACCCCAAGGAGAGCAACGCGAAGGAAAUGCAACUUGUCCAAGAAUCCACCCGCCAAUUCUGGACUGCCGACGAGGAGCAUGCUCUUGCGCCAAUAGAAUUGGAUAUGGGCACAGCCACCAAUUCUCUAAUAAUUAACCAUCUUAGCUCAAAUUCUAAGCGGACAAGGGACACCAUAAAAAAACGCCGCCAAACUGCUACCUACAAGGAGAUCAUAGAGAAAGAGCUGCCGGUCAAAAGGAAAAAGAAGAAAUCUGCACACGAUAACAGUGCGCUGAUCACAGCUAUCAUCAGCUUGAACUUGGAUAUGCAUGAUGACGCUGUCAGACUGCAAAUAUUGCCCUCCAUCGCGGACUAACGGCAAAACCCGAAGAAUGGACCAAUCUACUCAUAGCGAGCUUGACCAGAUCACCUGCCAACGAGGCUUCAGCAAGCUUAACGGGUGCUUCGCAAACGUAUUUAGCUUUAAUGAAAACGUCAACACAAUGAAGCAACAGGGAAAGCCGGUUUGCGCAAUAACUACGGAUAUUGCCAAGGCCUUUGACACAGUCUCACACAAGUGCGUCACACGAGCUCUAGGAAUGUUGGGUAUGGAGAAAAUAUUCUAUAAAACUAAACCUGAUGGGCGCCUGUACCACCAUUAAUAACACAGACAUGUCAUCAGUGAAGCAAGGUGGCCCAAUCUCACCCAUACUUUUUAACCCAGCCUUAGAUGAACUUAUCUGCCGUCUGCAAAGCUUGAACGGAAUUGAAGUCAACAAUACUCAAAUACGCUGCUUGGCUUACGCCGAUGAUUUGAUGCUGCUUGCCAAAACGCGCGAGAACGGAAAAAGGAUGGUCGAAGCCGUGAGAUAAUUUCUGGGCAACCGAGGAAUGAAACUAAAUUCCGCAAGAGUGCUUUCGCACUGUACCGAGCAAAAAAAAAGGUGGCACGACUUAAAUACGGCACUGAGUAUCUUCGGGGAGCGAGCGUGUGAAGCCACAUCAUAGCGGAAUUCUCAUCACUCGGUGAAGUUUCAUCCACUUGCGAAGCGCUGUUUUCUGAAACACCUAAAACUCGCCCCCCCAUAAAGUAACCAAAAGAUGCGCGUACUGAAAGAUUUCUUAAUACCACGCAUUAUAGCUUGCAAGCAACAGGCAAGUGUUACAAGGCAAGUGUUAAAAGAGGACGAUUGCAUGGUACGUGCGUUCGUAAGGAACACAUUACAUCUAAACAUUUAUUGCCACAACUUCGUGGUCUACGCCGCUGCCAAAGAUGGAGGACUAGGCAUCUGCAGCAGCGUUAGACGCAUCUUUUUCCGGAUGUAACGAAUUGAAGCAGAUGGCGGGCAACAAGUGCAGCAACCAAUAGCUGUACGAUCCACCGCCAUUUUGAUCGGGAGAAGACUAUAUUAAAGCGGUCCAAUUACGCGUUCAUCCCCUGCCAUGCAAAGGUAUACCAACCAAUCCGGUUGCAGAACGUCGCUGCCGAGGAGAACGUUGCAGUCGUCUGCCAUAUACUGCAGGCCUGCAAUACUACCCACAUAGAUCAUAUCAACCGCCAUAAUACCGUGCAAAACAUCGUAGCCGCACACGGCAGGAAACAAGGCUGGUCCGUAGAUGUAGAAAAGCAUGUUUACGGGCAAGAUGGUAUUAUGAGAUAGCCCAAUCUCAUAUUGUGUAAGAACGAUCAGCUUGUAGUCUCCGAUGUGGGAAUUCACUGGGAAGGUGAAAAGCCUCUGCAAUAUUUCCAUGAUGUUAAGGUAAACCAUUACAGCUCUGAAGCGUUCGUAGGAAAAUUGAGAGCGAGAUUUACCCAGGAAAAACAAUAAAUGUGCUGCCCUUCAUAGUGUGAGCAAGCGGAGCAUUGUGCAGACAAAACAACUGGCUGGCUAACUUCGUAAAUAUUACGCAGGCAGAAAUAAGAAUCAUUGUUGCUUGCGGGCUAAAAGGUGGAAUAAUAGCGCACUCGGGCUUCAUGAAGCUUAUGUGGGGAUGUGAUUAAUAAUCUGAUAAAUAAUUUAAAGGCAACAGUGACCUAACAUCUCGCCGAAAUUGGUUCGGUAGUACCCCGCUUAAUCGUUCACCUAUUUACUACACAUUACAGAAUAGUAAACGCAUUAUGCUAUAAUUUUUUGUAUAAUUAAGUAAUGGAACAAUAAAGAUGGUUUUUAAUAACCAAAUGCCUUUUAUUCUCUCU